AUGUCCAUAUCAGCUAGGUCUAUUAGCGGUAUUAAGUACGUCGACGCAGCCCAGCUUUACCAGUGGCUAAAGAGUGGGGAGACUUCGUUGUCGCAGCCAUUCCAGGUCAUUGAUGUUAGAGGUUCAGAUUACGUUGCAGGACAUAUAAAAGGAUGUUGGAACUACCCGUAUAAGAGACUGGCCAGCGACGACACAUUCAUGAGGCAGUUAAUUGAACGUUUGUAUCAGGCAUGCAAAGACGCUGAUAGCGACAGCAUAAACGUUGUCUUUCACUGUGCGCAGUCCCAACAAAGGGGUCCAGCAGCAGCGAUGAAACUCCUCAGAGAGCUGUCGGACAACGAACUGGACAAUUUUAACGUCUGUGUUCUAAGAGGUGGGUUCAACCAUUGGCAAGACGUCUAUGGAGACGACUCGACAGUUACUGAAGAUUACCAACCUGACAUUUGGUCAUGGUAA